UUUUGUUAUCAUAAAUAUUAUAAAUAUUCAAAUUAAUAAGAGAAAAAUAAUAUUUGGAAAUGAGAGGUUAGUUCUGACGUUGAAAAUUGUAACAAGGACGAUGACAAGUGGUAAAGGGAGGAGGAUUCGGUGGGGGUAGGGGGAACUGCAGGAGGGUAUAGAAAAGGACCGACAGAUUUCUCGCAGUACAAGUAUCUUCGCGUAACCGUCUACACGCAUAAAUUUAUUACAGUGUUCAACAUUUUCUAUUAUUCAUUUUAUAAUUGAUUUACUUGUGAAUCGAUAAUUCUACAACGACGAUAACAACUAAUUAAGCGAAGUUUACGCGUGCGCUAUUUAACAAUAGUGUAUAACACGCAUACUACCGGGAUUUAUAUAUUUAUUUCUGUUCGUUAUUUUCUUUUGUUUUGUUUUUUUCUUUUAUUUUCUUUUCGAUAAGGAACAACGAAAGAAUUCGAAGAUCAAAGUUUUUUCGGUUUUGCACUCUCACUCUCAACUUCUCUCUCUCUCUAUCUCUUUUUUGUGCUUCAUUUUAAACUUUUUUAUUUUAUUUUUAUACAUUUAUUUUCGGGGUUGAGGGUUUUUCUUUUACUUAAUUACAAAUCUUCGAAUAAAUACGUUUACCAUCAUGCCAAAAACAACGAUGGAUCUGAGUACCGCGAGCAAGGACGAACUUGUGACAUUUCUCGAUUCAUUCGAUGUCAUCUUUUCGGAUUGCGAUGGUGUUUUAUGGCACGUCGAUGCGCCCAUGGAUAAUACCAUCGAAACUUUGAACAAAUUACAAAGUUUAAAGAAAAAGGUUUUCUUCGUAACUAAUAAUACUGCGUCCGGUACUAAAAAUAUUUGCGAUAAACUUCGUCGAAAUGGUUUCGAAGCUACCGAGGACCAAGUGAUCACGUUAUCAAAAGUUAUUAUCUGGUAUCUGAAGAAAAUCAAUUUUCAAGGCCAAGCUUAUACGAUCGGUUCUAAUACAUUUCGAAAUGAUCUUUUGGAUGCCGGUAUAGAAUUGUUGGAUGAAAAUAUACCGAAAGUUUAUCCUAACGAUGUAUUGGCAACCGUAAAUGAACUCUCGGAUAGAAAAUCUGUGAAAGCAGUGAUCGCUGAUUUCAAUGCUAAUUGCAACUGGGCUCAUUUGAAUUUGGCUAUAGCGUGUUUGAGACGUGCCGAUGUACUUUACAUCACCGGUGCUAUUGACAAAUGGGUCUUUCUCAAAAAUGGUACCACGAUAUUAGGACCAGGUCCACUGAUCGACAUCAUAACCGAGAAUAGCGGCAGAAAACCAAUCACUGUUGGAAAACCAAGUGAAAUCUUGCGAAAUUAUAUUUUUGAAUUUUGCGACAUUACCAAACCGCAAAGGUGUUUGUUCAUUGGCGAUUCGAUAAAUCAGGACAUGAAAUUUGCUACCAUGUGCGAUUUUCAAAAGUUAUUCGUCAGUAGUGGUGUUGAUAGUUUUGCCGAUUCGCAAAAUCUUAUACAAGAACUUCCCGAAUAUUAUAUACCUAAUCUUGCCAACCUGCUUAGCAUCCUGAACAAUUUGAAUUAAGAUAUUAGAAGAAUGAUUAAUAUAUGAAAAAUAAUAAUUAUAUUGAAAUAGAGAAGAUUUUAUCUUUUUAAAUUAUACAUGAUUAGUAAUAUUGAAAUCAUUAUAAAGCAAUGUAAUUAAUAUUGAUUAUGCGAAGCCUGCUAUACCAAAACUUUACUAUAAUUUACGAAUAGCUAUGACGAAUCAUUUCAUUUGUCAGAAAUAAUUGAUUAGUUCGAAAGUAUACAUAGUUUUUUUUUUUCUUUUUGGACAGAAAAAUCUAGGAACCUUUUCAGGAUCCCAAGAAUUCUGUUAAUCUUAAUCGAAUCGUCUAUUUAAAAAUAUCGAUUUGAAAGAUACACCCCGGUCAUUUAAAAUAAUUUUAUUAGAAACAAAAUUUUAUUUUACUUUUGCGUUAAAAUACGAAACAAAUUUCGACUCGAGUCAUUAUUACUGAAAACACGUGCAUCAUAAUAAAUUGUGUCUUCGCUAAUCAGUUAUUCGUUUAUAUUUUGUUGUUAUCAAGUUUGUUGUUGAUAAGUGCAAAUCGGAUAAUUAGAAAUCGGAUACUUCGAUGAAAGUAGCGUUGGAGCUUUUGCACGAACAACUUAUAUAUGAAUUGUUAGUAAUGAAACUAUAUAUAGUUAUAUAUAAAUAUUCGUCUUCCAAAUAUUGUAGGCAAAUAAGUAAGAAGAAGCUUUAUAUCAUAGAACAAUGAUUUCAUAAAUAAUUUGUCACAAACUAUUUAAAUGACAAUAUAUGAUAAUACACAGACACACAUAUCGUGUAAUACCGUGAAAACGGAUUUAUAAUAAUAUUAGAUAUUUUGAAAGAUCUGUUUUUGGACGGAUGUAUGUUUCGAGUUUAUAUUUACGAGUUAACAUGUUGUUAUAUAUGAAAUGAUGUCAUGCAAUAUACCCAUACAUCCAUUUUAUCAAAGAUACCAUUAUAACAAUCGAGAUACAGAUAUUGUUAUAUCGUUUAUCAAAUUUAUAUUCUGGUAUUAAUCUCAAAUAGAAUAAAUAUUAAAGUUAUUAUUAAAAA